ACUCCGGCGCUCGCCAUGGCCGACGAAAAGCCCAAGGAAGGAGUCAAGACUGAGAACAACGAUCAUAUUAAUCUGAAGGUGGCGGGGCAGGAUGGUUCUGUGGUGCAGUUUAAGAUUAAGAGGCAUACACCACUUAGUAAACCAAUGAAAGCCUAUUGUGAACGACAGGGUUUGUCAAUGAGGCAGAUCAGAUUCCAAUUUGACGGGCAGCCAAUCAAUGAAACAGACACACCUGCACAGUUGGAAAUGGAGGAUGAAGAUACAAUUGAUGUGUUCCAGCAGCAGACAGGAGGUGUCUACUAAAAAGGGAACGUGCUACUUUGCUCCAGAAUUCUGUUCCUCCAGACCAAGAAGACAUUCUCAAUUAGAAAACCGCAAUUUGGUUCCAUCACAUCCUGACUACUGCAGUAUAGUUUCUCUAUUCUUUCAUUUUCCCCUUCCCCAUUCCUUUAUUGUACAUAAAGUAACUGGUGUAUGUGCACAAGCAUGUUGCAUUUUUUUUUUAAACUAAAUGGCCAAUGGUAUUUUGAUUGACAUCAAAUGGAGAUGGAAUGGGGAAAAAUACUGGUUCUGUGAAAAUACCCCCUUUUCUCCAUUAGUGGCAUGCUCAUCAGCUCUUAUCUUUAUAUUCCAGUAAGUUACUUUGCUCUCACUGUUUAACAAAAAAAGAACAACAUAAAAAUUCUUGCAUACCUUGUUCGAUUGGAGAAUUUUAAUGUUUUUCAUUUAUCAUUGUAAAACCAAGGACAAUUUUAUAACUUUUUUGUACGUAGCUGUUACAUGUAGGGCAAUCUGUCUUUAAGUGGGGAUAAAUUACUCUAAAAGAAAUGAAUCCUAGAUAGUUUUCCCUUCAAGUCAAGUGUCUUGUUGUUUAAAU